AUGGAUGUGGAAGUGAAUGCCCCAAUUCGUCGGUUCCGUAAGUCCUGCCAUGGGUCUAGGUGUAGUCGCCUCACUGGCCGUUAUCCGGAAUCACUGGUUCAACGACGUAAGAGACGAGGCACAUUGGACAGAAUUGUUGGCGGUCGUGAAAGUAACAUGGGCGCUUGGCCAUGGGUAGUAGCCAUCAUUCGCGAUGGGGAGUUCAAGUGCGGUGGUUCUCUUCUAGAUAAUAGCUGGAUUCUGACAGCUGGGCAUUGUUUCCAUAUGUUAGAGAAAUCCCACUUUGAAAUUCAAUUGGGAAUGCUACGACGGUCUUCUUUCUCUCCUCUGGAACAAACUCGUGCCGUCCUUUCAGUCUACGUCGACCCGAAAUAUAAUCCGCUUACACUAGAAAAUGACAUUACCUUGUUGCGAGUGCAAGAACCCUUCCAACUGAACCAGUGGACCGCUCCCGCAUGCCUACCUAGUUUGGGUUAUUACCCGCGGAACGACACACUUUGCACCGUCGUCGGAUGGGGAAAUGUCCAAGAAAAUGGACCAGAGUCGGAUUCGCUUCGUGAAGUCGCCAUCCCUAUUACACCUCGCUGGAGGACAAGGAGCGCUACGACGGAGCCGUGGAGGAGGUCCGCCGCCAGGCGCCCGUCUUCACCGUCCCGCUCAACAACGUGGCCGGACUUCGGGAAGGAGAGAAUUCCCACUUCGAGGGCCGUUUGACUCCCACGGACGAUCCAAAACUCAAGGUCGAAUGGUUCUUCAACGGCAAACCUCUGAAGACGGGCUCUCGCAUCCGUACGUUCAGCGAUUUCGGCUUCGUCAUCUUGGAGAUCUCGCCUGUCUACCCAGAGGAUUCCGGCGAGUACUCUUGCCGGGCCACCAACGACUACGGCGAGGCCGUCACUUCGGCCUCGCUCAAAUGCCAAGGCAAGCGCAACGUCAUUUUCGAGU